GCACUGUCAGCUGUUUCAUUUUCCUUACACGUGCUGCAUUUUGAUUGUUUUUAAACUCGGAACAAAUUCAAAUACAUAUUUUGAAAAAUGGAAGAUAAAACAGAAAUAGAGACCGUGUGCGAUCACAAAAGAGAUGAGCACCUGCCCGCGAUUCUUAAAUUUCAGAAUGGAUCCCUUUUGGGCAGUGGCGAAUUUUGCACGGUGGAAAGCAAAGCGGAUCAGAAAAAGCAGGCUUUAGUGGUGGCCGGCGAUCAGAUGUACACAGGUGACCUGCAGGAUAGCCAAGAAUUCGACACCUACAUAUGCCUGAGAAACAAAGCCACCAACAAAGUACAAAUUGUACCAGUGCAACAGGCCUUGCUUUCAAAUCACAUAUACAAGAAACUGGAGCGCCAGAAGCGGACAGCGCCCAUGUUGAGCAGGGAGCACGCCAACAAGAAGCUGCUAAAGGAGUUUGGAGGACGCAAGGCUUCCAGAUUUGUGGACAACCACGAACAGAUGAUGGUCAACGUUGAGGUCGUUCGACAGGAUCUGGAUGAAACUGUGAAAGCAUCGACUAUGAACGAAGAAAACGAGGAUGAGACUCUGGCCGAUGUGAGCAUCAGCAACGAGGAUUAUCUGGCCACCAUUGUACCCAAGUUCGACAAGGAGGCCACUGAACUAAGUGGUGUCUACGAUGUCAAGGAUGUGAUUUCAAGCGAACUGCUUGAGCGGCUGGACGAGGAGGCCAAGGUGGUCUUCUCCACGCCUCUUCAGACUUUGCCUAUCAAAUCGGAAUAUCUAAAGACCUGUUUGGGUCGUAUUCAGGAGAAGACGAUCACCUCCAAGCAGGACUUCCUGCACAUUAAGCUCAUCAUCUACAUGGACGCCCUGCAGUCGCUGAUUUCCCUUCGUUCCCGGCAAAUGCAGAGGGUGGAACUCUCAAGGAUCACGGAGAAGAUCGAAAACGAUAUACGUCGUCGAUUUGCAGAUCCCAAUGUGGCCAAGAGGGGCACUCGCACCAAUUUCAGUACUGAGAAGGCGCUCACGCACUUCAUCGUGAUGUCCUUGCUCAUCAGCGAGAAGUACGAGGUGGACAUAAAUGUCCUUUCCCGCGCAUUGGCCACCAGCAAGGAUAAAAUCAAGCAGUACGCCCAUAUUGUGAAUGCCCUGCCAAAAUCCCGCUCGGACAUUCUCAGCCUGCGCCUGCCCAGCAAGGUUCCGGCACUGAAAUUAGCUCGUCGCUUUCAGCGGAAGAAGUAGAAGGGGUUUUCCAAGGACACCUUGCUCUCGCCAUCGAUUAAACAAACCCUGAGGCGGGUCAAUAAAGUUUAUUAAAUCCAAA